AUGCAUAGGACAGACAAUGGCAAGCGGAAGCUUCCCUUUUUCAAGUCCACUACACCAGUCGACCGACAGCGCCAGUCCACCGUUCACUGGCAUCGUUUACUACGGUCGCUAUUGUACCUGAUUGCCUGGAUCUUUCUACUCCUGGUAGUUAUCGGCAACAUCUCCGAUAAGCCAGUCCUGCGCAGCACCUACUUCCUCUACCUCGAUCUUUCCAAUAUCAUUCCAGUCUCCGUUCCAAAUGCCGUCCUUAUCAACUCCAUCGCCCAAACCAUCGGUCUACAUGACUUCUACCAGGUCGGCCUAUGGAAUUUCUGCGAAGGAUACAAUGGAGAGGGCAUCACAUACUGCUCCAAGCCGGAGACUCUCUAUGCCUUCAACCCAGUUGAUAUCAUCCUAAACGAGCUGCUGGCCGGUGCAACGAUCGCUCUCCCCGCCGACAUCCAAAGCCCAUUGAAACUAGCGCGUCUCGCCUCCCACUGGAUGUUCGGAAUCCUCCUCACCGCAGCAGUCCUCAACUUCGUCAUGAUCUUCGUCGGUCCGCUCGCCGUGUCCUCGCGACACCCAAGAAGCAUCAAAGCCUGGGCCGCAGGCUACAGCGGCGCCCACCCGCCCGCGGGCAAACCGCCCCACCGCCGACGCACCUUUUUCUGGCUGCGCGCCCUGCCCAUGCUAAUUCUAACAUUUUUCACCGCGCUGGUGACAAUUGUCGGGUCGGCCGUCGCGACGGUCAUGUUCCUCAUUUUUGCCAAUGUCUUCUCAAACGCAGACCAGAGCAUCAAUAUCCAGGCGCAUGUCGGAACUCAGAUGCUGGUCUUUAUGUGGAUUGGUUCGGGAUUCAGUUUGAUCGCAUUCAUUAUUCAGCUCGGAUCUUGCUGCGCGGCUUGUUGUCGUGGCCGCAAGGCUCGCAAGCAGCUCAAGUCGCAGGGCAUCAAUUGGCAUGAGAAGGGACCGGUUUCCCUCGAUGCGACCGAACCUCGCGGUAUCUCGUCCAGUAGAGAUGCGGAUGGUGUUCCUGCCGAAGAGCGUCGUCUCACCUCCAGUGGUCAGGCGUUCUCGAAUGAGCAUGAGCAGAAGUUGGGCAAUGGACAUGGUUUGAACCAGCACUACUCCGACUCUUCGACUGAACCUCAUGCUGUCUCGAACUGA